CGACCGAUAGAUUUUGGCCAUUGUCCACUUUUGCUCGAGGAGUUGUCAUCCACUCUGGAAAGUCUCAACUUGGUCAUUCUCAGAUCCUGAUUUCUCAUUUUGCACACCUAUCCUUCUCAACAUCAUGGACAAGUGCUCAUCUUCGCUCGUCAUCGUUAUUGUUGCUGCAUAUUUUGUCGCGGCUGCAACGACUGUGAUGACCCAUCCCAACGGCCCUGCAACAAUCGACCCCACAUUGGACUCUGACCUGUUUGGGCCUAUCGUCAUUCGACGUAAUCGUGCCAGCCACCCACGUCAACAGGAUGUCCUUCCAGCUGGAGAGGAUGAUGUAGGGACGGAAUUGGUUCGCUCGGAACGAAACCUACUGAACGGGCUGUUACCCCUUCCAACGGCUUCCCUCAUCACGGAACUUCUCCUUUCUUUGAAUAAUCUUCUUGCUAAGUUGGACGUAACCGUGGUCCUUCUUCCGGCCCCAUUUCCUAUGCGUCUUGCAAAAUGCGUUCCUGGCUGCCUCCGAAACGCCGAUUGUCGUGACGCCACUACCAGUUCGGCCCACCAAGAUGUUGGAUCCCCGAUCAGUGCCGUUUUGGGCUUGCUAGGUAAACUUGGAGGUGUCUGAAGUGCAUCGUGUAGAAUUUGGUCCUAAAUUUCAUGUCGUUAAAUUAUUAGCUUUUCCCAAAAUAACUAGUAGCAUGAUUCCGCAAUUAAGUAAUGCAGUCAAAUGACACAAUUAAUAAGAAAUAAACUAGUUUUUAUAUAUCGCA